CGUGGAGGUUUCUUAACACGAUACAACUGGUUUAUGGCUUUGACAAAAUGUUUGAAUGGAGACGUGAUCAACAAACCAACAUCCAGCGAGAACCCUCUACAUUUAAAGUGUCUCGUUUCACAAAAACAAAUCGGAUGUGAAACUAUGAGGGCCGUGUGAAGACCUCGUCAGCAUUGAUCACCGAAGCUUUAAAUGUUAGACAAUACACUGAACAUUUACGUGUGUUACGCCUCGUGAAACAAUACUCAGUAUACACUACAUAUACCCACGGAAUGACGUGUGCACUGCUCCAACUGAACGAUAUAUAUACGGGUGGAAUCAAAGUUAUGGCGAUUGACUGACGUUAUGUUUGGGUUAUUCAGCCGGCGUCGUCGACGUCGAAGACUCGUCGGCUUCGUGAUUAUCGUCGUCCUGCUCAUCGUACUAUGCGAAGUAUCUAUUGACAACACUGACGGUCAUUGGGGAAUCAACAUUCAUUUACGUACUAGUCAGAGCCAUAAAACACCGCCGGUAGAUCCACCCAGUAAGGUCAAAGUGGGCAAAGCGAGAUCUCGAUGGCGUAGACAGAUAGACCUUCGUUACCACCGCCUACAGAGUAUGUGUACGCCAGCGGAUACAGAAUCAAACUUCACCCCACUGAACCUACGUCACUUCCAGUACAACCACAAAUACCGGAUGUUCUACUGCGGUGUGGAGAAAAGUGGCUCCACAUUUUGGCGAAGACUUCUGCAACAAAUAGACAAAAAUGUUAUCAUUAGUCCAUACAAUAUCCGGCCUGAAAACGGGCUGCUUAAUUAUAAAAACCUUGGCAAUGAAACAAUGGAAGAAUUAGGAGACAUUUUAAAGUUUUCUAUCAAGUUUAUGGUUGCCAGAGACCCGUAUACGAGACUGCUGUCUGGAUAUAUAGACAAGUUAUAUUCACCCAACGUCUAUUUUUGGGACUCCGUAGGGGAGCAUAUCGUGCGAACUGUCCGACCUAACGCUACUAUGAAAAGUAAAACUUGUGGACAUGAUGUGACGUUUUUAGAAUUUGUGAAAUACGUCAUCAAAGCUCAGACGACAGGGGAGAAAAAAGACAGUCACUUUAUACCCGCAGUGGAAAUAUGUCAUCCUUGUAAAGUGAAAUUUGACAUUAUAAGUCACAUGGAGACUUUAAAAUUUGACACACGUUACAUUUUAGAAACAUUCAACCUUCGGUCUUACUUAAGCGUUAUUGAGGGCCCGUCCUUUAACAUGCUCAAUGAUACUAUAUAUGAUGCAGCACAGGCUUUUGUGAUAAUGAGGACGGACAUGCGAAGAUGUGUAAAUGUGCACACUGCGCUUCUAAGAGUUUGGAAAAAGCUACAAAUCAAAGGAAUUGUCAGUUUAGAUACAGCAUGUCCUUUUAAAAAAGACGAAGUGUUGGAUUUAACUAUAGACGACCUGACAAGUGUCAUCAGAAAAGCUUUCGAUUCGGCUUCUCUAAGUAUGUUACAAUCUCAACGAAAGUCGCUGUUUUUGCAAUAUUAUAGGCAAAUACCACUGGUUGUACUACGUAAGCUAGCAGAUGUAUUUAAAAAGGACUUUGACUACUUUGGUUACGAUCAGUUUCCAGAUAUUUUGUUUAAACGAACAAAUGAAGAUUAAACGAUCGCAAAAAAUGUCAGCGCAUAUCUUGUGAGAAGGAUUCCUCUUUAAAUACUCUUUAUGUUUUAUCGUGUCCUAAGUGUGUGUUUUAAUGCAUCAGCAC